AUGUCUACGAGGACCACCACAACCUACUCACACAAUGGGUGCAGUCGUUGCAAAAGAAUGAAAAUAAAGUGUGAUGAGAAACGACCUAACUGCGGGGCCUGUGACCGAAAGAAGACAGAAUGUGUUUAUGAGUUUCCUUUUGUCAUUUACAACCCCCAUCUGAGCAAGAAGAGGAAAAACAAAAGCGGCAAAGUAUCAAAACUGGGAUCAGGCGACUCAUAUAAGAUUAACCAAGAAGACCGCAGAAUUUUGCAGAUUACCUUGCCUAGCGAGUUUAAGUUCAUCGCUGAGAAAUUCUCCGAUGAUAGUUCUUCGCCAUCUUCCAUCACCUCCCCUCCAGCAAAUGAUUCACAAACUUAUUGUGAGAAGAACUUUAGUGAAACUAAUAGUUCACCUUUGUCAUCACAGCUCACAAAGGCUGCGGCUACCGGCUCCAUCGCCGCUAGCUUUAAUAGUACCUCUUCUCCUUCUGCUUCCACUCCUACAAUGCCUCCCGGCUCUUUCCCCAGUUCUUUUUCAUUGGCUAAUCAAAAGUAUGACCAGCUAAAAAAUCACACUGGUAACUUGGAAACAUCUUUCAAAGAUCAUUUCAAGUUGUCAGAUAUUCCAGUGAAGAUGGAGCCCCAGCAGACGUUUGAUUGGCAACAAGUGCCUAUUGAUAGCACUGCUGCGGUUGUUACCACACCUUCAAGUAUAGCCGCCACCCCCAAUACUAAUAGUGACAACACUAACACAGCGAUAAUUCCCCAAUUCAUCCCAACAACGAGUAUGGCACCAGCUAUCCCUCAUCAACAAGACUAUGCUCCUAUAGAUUAUAAAAUGUGGAACAAUUUCAUGACUGAAACAGAUUAUAUCUUGAAUCUUUCCAUGCCCCAAGAGACUGUUGACAUAAAUAGACCACAGCCAUUACCACAAUUCAAAUAUGACUUUUACAAAAGUAAUACCAUGAAUUACAUGGUUCAAUAUUUGAACAUAGCCCAGCCGAUCAUCGAGUCCAGACAUUUGACGGCGGACGAUCCAGAAAUCCGUGACCUACUUUGGAAUUAUUUUAUUUCAGGCAAGGCGUUAUCCAACCAUUUAUUCGUAGAGGACGAUUUUGCCAACAACCCUUUAAUUGAUUGGCUUAAAAUUUUAUCGAGAAACAACAUCGAAAGUCAUAACACAAUUUUUACCUCAAUCAUCGCCACCAGUGCCAAUGGGAUCGCUUUACAAACAAAUGUUGACUAUUGGGCCGUCAUUAGAGAGAAGUAUAUGGACAUGACUCUAGCGAUGCUUUCUGAAAAUAUCAAUGUCAUCAACUCAUUUGUCACAACCACUUGCUUGCUAUUUACAGUGUUAUUGUUAUACUCGGAAAAAUCGGCGACCGACUCUCCAGUUUGGAGGUUACAUUUGAAGGGUGCUCUUGGAAUCUUGAGAAAAAUAAACAGCAUCUGGAAUAUGGUGGAGGUUCAUGCCAUUGAAAACAAAUCGGAAGAAUUAAAAGCAGCUAUCAACUUAUUCCACUUUUGUGAGUGUUGGUUCUUGAGCGCAGAAUCUUUAGCAUGGAUUUCUUCUUUGAAUGGUGGGUCAAUGCCAUGCUUAGUCCCAAAAGAUUUGACGGAUGCUCGUCAAUUACUAUCGAACCACUUGCCGUAUGAAAACCAAAAUGCAUUGGUUCUCGAUGGCUUUAAUACCGUUAGAUUUUAUUCACAAAACUUGGUGGAAGUGAUGAAUGAGAUUGUGUUGCAUAUCAUGACAUUGAAGAUCAACCAUGAUAUCAAUAUCAGUGACAUUCGUGGGCUACUAUUGAAUACUCCACCAACUGAAGAAUCCUUAAAGUUAGGCGAACGUUUGAUUUCCAAAAUUUCAGAUAUCUGUACGUAUGAUGAACAUUUCUCAAUGAAAUUUGAAAAUUGCCACGAUAAGCUAUUGGCAAAAACGAUGAAGACUGCUGCUGAGUGCUACGUUAUGGGUAUCCAGUGCUUUAUUUAUUCUUCAUUCAUGGGCUAUAACAUCUAUUGUCCAGAGAUCCAAAUUUUGAUCCAGAAAUUCAUAAAUAAAUACGACCAAAUGCCUUACGAUGGUCCAUGUGCCAUUUCUGUUCAUUGGCCAUGCUUUAUUUUGGCAUGCUGCACUCCAAAUGAUCCAAAUCUAAGACUGAGAAUCUUGAAACCUUUAUAUAAUAUGAUCCAUCACUCGAUGUUUGGGGCAAGCUUUUCAAUUAAAAGAGUGCAGGAGAUAUGGAAUUUUUUUGAUAGUGGUGCAAAAGACUCUGAUAGAAUUGCUAAAAUUGAUACAAUUUGCUUUUAA